AUGACCCAAAUUGAUUCCACCCCAAACCUACUGUCACCCUCGCAAGAAGAUAGCCGAUCGAUCAUCAGCCGGUUUUUAGAAGCGUGCAAACCAUCACCUGAACCUUCUUCCGAACCUAUCAAUCCAACUGCUGCUGACCAGCUGUCCCUCCUCGGCGAUACCCCACUACUGAACUCCCCCCAUUUAUGUGACCUGCCUAUCAGCCGGCCAAUAGCCACACCAUCACCGGCCAUUCCAGCCCUGAUGGCCAACAUUAUUACAACUCCUGAUGCUGGCUUACCAACCACCCGUCAACCUUGCCAGCCCUUGAAACGCCUCCGAGCAGUUGAUUUUUUCCCAGAAAACAACACUACCCACAACCCUCAAUCGCCCCCCAAGUCAACACCUGUUCCAAACUCACCACCACCCACAAUACAAGAUCUCCCACCGGAUGACGAGAUGCCAGCGAACCCGCCACGGCCACAACACCUGCCCAACCUUGCAAACCACCCUGUUCACCAUUGGGAUGCUCUUGGCAGUCCGAUUGAAAUUGGUCCAUCCGAAGUCACCCUACCCACGGCAGAUAUCACCACUGACCUGAACGCUUUCAGAACGAAAUGGCUAGGCAUCUUCGAUGAAGACCUUGACUGGCAGUCCUUCUCCAACCACUGCGAGACCUACGCUCGUGAAGCCCGCUCACUGGCGCAAACCAUUUCCAGCACCCGUCGUCCAAAACCUGCUCCUCGUCGACCUAACCGGCCCUCAGCACGCCCUCCAAUUGACAAUCGACGGCCCACUACCGCAGACCCAAUUGCUUCUAGACGGAUCCAACAGCUAUACCGUAUGUCCAAAAAACGGGCUGCUCGCAAAAUCUUGGGCGACGAUUCCCCGAACUACACCGGAUCACCUGACGAAGCCUUCAACUUUUUCUCCACAUCCUUUGGUCAGCGAGAAUGUAACCUGGAUGCACUGAAAGAGCAUCUGCAAUCUUACGUCCCUACCACCGAGACAGAUGACUCCCUCUUCGAUGCACCCUCAGCAGAGGAACUUCAACAGAAGCUCCGGUCUCUUUCUAACUCUGCCCCUGGCAAGGAUAGACUAGAAUACCGCCACAUCCGCCUGAUAGAUCCGAAAUGCGAGAUCCUUGCACGAAUGUACCGUUUCUGUUUUACCUCGUGUGAUGUGCCCAACCAGUGGAAAACCGCGACCACUAUCCUGAUCCAUAAGAAAGGCCCCACUGACGAUGCCGGCAACUUCCGCCCUAUAGCUCUUAUGUCGUGCCUUUACAAGAUCCUCAUGGCAAUCUUAGCAAAACGUGUCACUGCCUUUUCCAUCCAACACAACUUGUUGUCAGCACAACAAAAGAGCGCGAGACCCAGUGAAGGCUGCUACGAGCACACAUUCCUCCUUCAAUCAAUCGUCAACGAUGCCAAACGCCAACAAAAAAACAUGUGCCUGGCGUGGCUUGACAUACGGAAUGCUUUUGGCAGUAUCCCCCACGAUGCUAUCCUCGCGACCCUUACGCACAUGGGCUUCCCACCAGCUCUCACCCAAUUCAUCAAAAUGGCGUACACCGGUGCUUCAAAUGAGGUGCUCACAUCGACAGGACCAACACAAUCCAUACCUAUCCUAGCAGGUGUCAAGCAAGGCUGUCCCCUAAGUGCAAUCCUCUUUAAUCUAACGAUGGAACUCAUCCUCCGGAAAGUGUCCGCCACAGCCAGCAACAAUCCACGGGGCCCAAUCAAACACCAUGGCUACCCUCUCUCGAUCCUCGCAUACGCCGAUGACCUUGUGGUAAUAGGGAAAACAAAAUCGGACUUGCAACACCUCCUCAAUUCGCUAUCCGAAGCUGCCGAUGCCCUAUCUGUUACUUUUCGUCCCGAAAAAUGUGCUUCCCUCAGCAUUACCCCGCGCAAUCAGCCACGAGUAGCACACAACGAUUUCAAAGUCCAGAAUCGCUCGAUCCCUUCUCUUAAAGCAGAAGAUCAUUACCUUUACCUUGGUAUCCCUAUUGGCCUGAUUGUGAACGUCUCCCAACUCCAAUCGCUUGUUGAUGAACUAUCCAACAAGAUUCGUAAGAUCGAACAAUCCUUGCUGACCCCCUGGCAGAAGUUAGACGCUAUCCGAACCUUCAUCCAGCCAUGUUUAACUUAUGCCCUCCGAGCCAGUUCACCAUCCCAUAAGUCGCUCCAAGCAUACAGGACCACCCUGAUCUCUGCCCUCAGGAAAAUCUGCCACCUUCCAGAUCGUGCCACGACCCACUAUUUCUUUGCAAACCGCCAAUCAGGUGGCCUUGGCUUCCAAGAUCCCUUUACCGAGGCUGACCUCCAAACUACGGUCCAAGCAGUCAAGAUUUUAGCAUCCUCUGACCCUGUCGUUGCUGGUAUUGCCCGCAACGAACUGGCACAAACAGUCCGCUUCGCCUCACAAUGCGAACCUACGCCAGAACUCAUGUCCAAAUACCUAUCAAACUCUCCAGACCGGCGCCUUGACUCCCUACGGUACCGAACCGGCUCGUUAUGGACUCGUACCCGCACCACCACUAAGCGUCGGCAAGUCACAAUCAACCUCCGAAAUGUCGGCGCUCCCACCAUAACAACUCCUGAAUACACCGAGCCAGUCUCAGCACGUGAUGCCUGCCGUUUUCUCCAUAACAUAACCCGUGAUAAAGCUGCCACCAUCCUCAGAGACCUCCCCGAUCAAGACAAACUUGCUCGCUCCCUUCAGAACGACCAAUAUGGCAAUGGUUCCUCUUGGCAUUUCUCAGGCCUUAAUGUCCGGUUCAAAGAUUGGCGUUUCAUCCAUCGUGCCCGACUCAACUGCUGCCCAACGAACUCAGUCAAAAGCCGUUGGUCUAACACCAAUCCCUCCUGCCGCCAUUGCAAUGAGGAUGAAACACUCCCGCAUAUCCUGUGCCACUGUACCCAGAACAUGCCUGCGAUCACCGCUCGUCACGACAAAAUCGUCUCCCGCCUUGUCAAUGCUGUUCGCUCAGGUCAUGUCACCACUGACAAGACAGUCGCUGAUUCUGGCUCCAACGUUCGCCCGGAUAUUGUCAUCACCGACCCUGCCAACACUUGUGCUACCAUCAUUGAUGUGUGUUGUCCCUUUGACAAUGGAGCCGAAGCCCUUCACGAUGCCAUAGACCGAAAGGAACUCAAGUACGAGCACCUUCGCGAGUUUUUCACGGCACAAGGCCUCUCUUGCAAAAUCUUUGGCUUUGCUGUUGGUGCACUCGGCUCUUGGCACCCUCGUAACGAGAAAGUCCUCUCUGCUCUUGGCAUGUCAGGUCGCUACAAGAACCUUUUCCAAAAACUUUGUUGCACUGACAUUAUCCAGGGCUCCACAGACAUCUAUCGCCAGCACCUUGGCUGCGAUGAUGCUCUCCCCUAA